GACAAGGGAGACUACUCUAAUAUGUAAACAAUCCAGGAAUGUGCUUACCAACGAACAGACGAAUACAGGAACACAGUACCUGUGGCUUCAUAAUUAUGAUGUUUUCAUCAGGAUUUACAGAUUAUUGAACAUAUAGUGACAGCUGAGAGGCAGGAUGGGAGUAGCCUUUAACAAGCCGAACAUCGUCCUGGUAAGAGGGAGCUACCACACUGAAGGAGAGAGGGCUGUCCCUGUUUACAACUACAAACCGUUCCCUGAACAUUGGAACAGACCAGCAGGCUGUCUAAUUACCAGGGUCAAGGCUGUGCCUUCUGUCAAAGAAGAAGAAAAUGACUUCUACUGGUGGACAGAUUGUGAAUUCUUGCCAAACAAUGACAGCUCAAUGGUCACUUCAUGUUCUGCCUUCUGUAUUCAGCCUAGCCAGGGACUGACCUCCAGUAGGGCCAUACAGCCGGGCAAGAUCUGUCUGUUUGAUCUGUCCGGAGAUAAAAACAUCAAGUGUGGCUAUUACCGUCAAGCUUCUGUGGCGUCUUUCCCCAAGUUGCAACCGUUCCCUGAUGGAGAAAACAUCGUGUAUCUGGGUUCUACCUGUGACAAUAUCAAACUAAUGUCCUUACAGAGGUCGACAUUUCUGAGUCGGGCACAAGACGUAUACUUCCGCGCAUACAAGUAUGUUUCCGUCUCUCCGAGUGGUUGUUACUUCGCGAUCAUGGCACGCACCAGUAAACAAUAUCAGUACGAGUUGUUGAUAUACCACUCAAACAUAAUUACGCGGGCAGACAGUAUUAUUGACUGUUAUAAGAUAAAUUCGGAAUUCAAGGGUUCCAGGUUAAAUCUGGAACACACAACAUGUAAGUGGUCACCUGACAGUCUGUGCGUGGCCGCGGGGAUAUCACACGGACAACUCAUCAUUGUGUCUCGUAGGUCCCAGACCUGUUUGUGUGAUGUUUUUUCUGAUGUGAUUCCAAACACAUGCCUUAGCAGGGCGACAACGUUUGACUUUGAUCCCAAGUCAUGUCAUCAAGUGGUUGCUGUGGGUGCUACAAAUCGUUUUCUGUACAUCGUUGAUGUUGAGGAAGGGACAGUUUUAUGUCAGACGGAGGAAGUUUGUGGAGACCAUGCCAUUGAUGUUGUUCGAUUUUCCUGUGACGGCGAGUUUGUUGGCGUUGCCCUUAAGAACUUUACAAUACAACUCUUUUCACCCGACACCUGUUGUCUAAUCUUUAGGUUUAGUAUGAAGGACAGUCUUCUGUCGCUCCAAACAUCCAUGGGACCACAUGCCUCCAUACUCAACCUCACAUUUACCUCUACAGGACAACAAGCUGUCACAAGUACAGCAGACGGAUACGUGUCGUUCUGGCAGCUGCCUCGCAAAUUGGAACUUCAGUUUAUAUGCAAAUUCAAAAUUCUGUCAUGUGUGAGUCUUGACCGUGUGUCCAGACUACCUCUUCCUCCGAGAUUAAAGGACUACCUUCUGUCACUUCCCACCAGGAUGUAGGAUCAGUGUACAUGUGGAGUAUAACUGGUACAUCAGAAUCAUCUCAAAGAACAUUUCUA